AAAUAUAAUACGCAUGUUAGAAUAUAAAGUAAUACUUAUUUGAAUGGACUAUGCACAGUCUAAAAUGGGGUAAGUACUAUUUUUGUUUUGAUUGUAUGACUAAUGACGGUUACAACUGAACUGAGCAUUCUAACAAUACUUUAGUCACAGCGUUGUUUAUGUUUUCAUUUCGUAUUGUUAGUCAUUCAGUUUUCAGAUGACCGACAAAGAUGAUUCAUCUUUUCAUAAAGCCAGUAUAGAAACUCCACGCCAAGAUUUUAAUUAUUUCUAUUAAAGUUGAGAUUAUGCUAUAGGCUAUUUGUCUGACUUGACGAUACUUUCUCGACUCUAUCUAUACUUCUUUUCUGAUUGUAAUUAUGUCAAAGCAUAUCAAGAUGAGCACAUGAACUUUAACUGAAAUAUCUUGGUAUAAUCUUUCUAGAUUCUCUCUGCACGACCAACAGUCACCAUCUUUAUAAAUUUUGUGUUUGCCUGUGGAACUCAUUAACUGUACUUUUAGUCACCAAAACCAAAAACCAAAUGACAAUAUUGUGAUUGGUCAACAAAAGACUCUCUGAUUUUGCAACAAUUGAGCUAGACCACGCUAUACAUAUUCGGUCCUCGAAGCAUUAAAUAUUGCUAGUUUUCUUCACCCACCUUUCUAUUUAAACCAUACAAUCAUAAACAACACCGAGAACUUCGACAAAUUGUGUAGUUCCCCUAAAAUAAGUUUGAUGAAACAUCUUUCUAUCUAGGAGACAUUUCCCAUCUCAUCUAAUGACUUGCACGUUAGGAAGCUUGAAUUAUUAAAUCCAGGGACAAAAAAAAAUAAGCUGAUGGUAGUAUUUUGAACAUAAUGUUUACCUCCGAGGAUAAUAAUUGUAUUGAUCAAUUUCUUCUUGAGAAUCCGAAUGUUAAGUUUGUGGUUUUACCUUUUGAAAUCGAUUGUGAUAAUUUUACGGUUAAGAAAGAGUACCUCUUUCCUGAUAACAUGCUAUGGGAUCGAACAUCCAGCAUCAAUAAUAUGAAGGCUUUAGAAUCUGGCGAGCUUAUGUGCGAGGAAGACCCCAAGAACUUCCAAGUGCUUGAAAGUAAUGGUAGUGAAAAAAAAUCAAGACCAAAGAAAUUUGCAUCAUAUUUAAGGAAAAACUAACGAACUUGACAGUGUUAAAGAGGCUGGAACAUCACUUUGAUUUGAAGAAGAUUGUAUCCAUCGAGUACUGGCACUAUAUUGUUGAAAGAAUAGGUGCUGAGAUAUUCUUAGAAAGACCCAAUUAAGUUAGCAACCAAUUCGAAUACUAUACUACGCAAGAUUUCGUUUCCACAGCAGUAGAAGAAUGUCAAUAGGGCAUUCUCCAAGGUUUUCACGAUUUACUAACAGCCACUAUCUCGGUAACUGGUAGCACCCGGCAAGAAAGGUCGUGCGAUGACAAUUUUCACAAUGAGAAGAAGGAAAUAGAGGUCUUAGAAUACUAUUCAAGAAUAACUAGUACAAGCUCUUCUUCCCAACUAGUUUGAUGGUAGUUCUUUCAUCAGCCAAGUAAGAACGAUCUACUUUCCUGCAUUGAUCUCAUUCACGUCUUUUUUUACAGCUCAGUUUGCCAUUGUUUUGUUGUUCUUCUGUCAACUGAGAUCUUCAGUAGUUGAUUUUUUUUUCUU